AUGGUCUCAAAGCAAGAAGAGGUGGUUGCAUCUGAACUUCUACCCUUCCUCCGUGUCCAUAAAGACGGCACGGUGGAGCGACUUUAUAAUCCACUAUUAGCUCCACCAUCCACGGCCGAGACCAAGAGUGGCGUCUGGUCUAAAGAUAUCAUCAUUUCGCCAGAGGUCAGUGCCAGACUCUACCUACCCGAUCUUUCCACACUCGAUCAAACGACGAACAAGAAGCUUCCCAUCCUGGUCUAUUUCCAUGGUGGAGGGUUUUGUAUCGAGUCAGCUUUCUCCACCCUCUGUCACCAGUAUAUAAACACCAUAGCAUCUCAAGCCAACGCUCUGGUAGUCUCAGUCGACUACAGGUUAGCUCCAGAACACCUUCUCCCGGCAGCUUACGAUGAUUCCUGGAAUGCUCUACAGUGGGUUGCCUCUCAUUCCUCCAAAACACACAACGAGAAAAAUGAACCAUGGAUAAUUCAAUACGGAGAUUUCAAGCGUCUCUAUAUUGGUGGAGAUAGUGCAGGUGCAAAUAUUUCACACCAUAUCGCCUUGCGAGCCAGCGAAGAAAAGUUACAUGGUGGUGUUAAGAUUCUUGGAGCGUUUCUAUCACACCCAUACUUUUUGGGUUCCAAACCAGUUGGCGCAGAGCCGGUUACUAAUCGCGAAAUGUCAAUUUUGUACAAGACAUGGAUGUUCGUUUACCCUGGUUGUCCGGAUGGGAUUGAUAAUCCAUGUAUCAACCCGUUUGUCAAAACUGCUCCUUCUUUAGCAUCACUUGGAUGUAGGAGGUUGAUCAUUUGUGUCGCUUCUAAGGACGAGCUAAGAGAUAGAGGGGUGUAUUACUAUGAAGCGGUGAAGGAAAGUGGAUGGGAAGGGGAAUUAUCAAUUUUUGAGGUCGAAGGAGAAGGUCAUAGCUUCCAUAUCUUUAAUCCUGAAACCCAGAAUGCAAAGGACAUGUUCAAACGUUUGGCUGAAUUUCUUCGAGGGUGCUAA